CGUAAAUAAAGCAUUCAACUACAUCGUGUGAAAGCUAUUUGUCAGUCAAACUGUAGUUGGUGCGGCCUCGACGUGAUUGCCGACUUGCGAAACGACCCUCUAAACCGUUUGCCAUGUAACUCUUGUCCCCUCGUAUCCCCGCCAUGGUAUAAUUAGACACAAAGCUGCCGAUAAUUCUUGUACAUGCUGAUAUAGGGUCACGGAGUUGGUGGGGUGAGUGUCACUGGCAGCCUAAACAUAUUCCCUGGUGAUGAGUAUUCUGGUCGUUUUCCACUUCUGGACUGAGCGGGUUCAUUUAAUUCAUUAAAGGUAUCACGAUAACGCCUCCAGUGACCCUAGUCCCCGGUAUAAAAGGCAGCCAUUUGGGUGGCUGGAUUACCGCGCUAAGUCGGCGUAACCUUUCGUUGAUCUUCCCUGCCCUAUAUGUCUAUCCAGGAAGAGAAGAAAUCCGAUUCUUUUACAGAAAAUGUUGUCCCAGUGCCGGAUGACGGUGAUGACUUCAGGUUGUUGAGUGCAGACGCGAGGAAGGCAGCAGAACGGGCACUGGUGCGCAAAUUGGACUGCAGACUGAUGCCUACUGCUGUGGUCAUAUACCUCUUGAACUAUAUUGAUCGUGUUGCUAUUACUGCUGCGCGGCUGCAAGGUUUAGAGCAAGAUCUCGGAUUGACAACCGUUCAGUAUGAAACCAUUCUGGCUAUUCUUUAUGUUACUUAUUGCCCGGCACAAAUACCUUCGAACAUGAUUUUGAGCUGGAUUUCACGACCAUCUAUUUAUAUUGGGGCCUGCGUUAUUGGAUGGGGUCUUACCAGUGCUUUGACUGGAGUCACUACUAAUUAUUCGGGCAUCAUGGCUUGCCGUGUAUUCAUUGGUCUUCCUGAGGCUGCGUUCUAUCCUGGUGUCAUGUAUCUGCUUUCGCGUUGGUAUACCAGGAAGGAACUCGCCGUGCGGUCAGCCUGGUUCUAUUGUGGUCUUUUAAUCUCGAAUGCAUUUGGAAGCUUGAUUGCAGCUGGAAUUCUCGGAAAAAUGCAAGGUGUACUAGGACUUUCGGCCUGGAGAUGGUUAUUCUACAUAGAGGGCGCCAUCACUAUGUCCUUUGGCUUCUUGACCAUGUGGCUUCUUCCAGAUUUUCCCCACAACACUCGAUGGCUUAAUGCAGCGGAACGCCGCUUGGGUCAAGUUCGCCUUGCAGAAGAUGCAGGGGAGGCCGACAAGGAUUCUGAUGACCUUACCAUUUACGAUGGGUUGUGGAUGGCUCUCAAGGAUCCGAAGACCAUAAUUUUCAUGUUUAUGGGCUGCUCGCAACUUCUAGGCCUGAGUUACAUCAACUUUUUCCCCACCUUGACUGCCACGCUUGGUUACGACAAUACUAUUACAUUUUUAAUGGCAGCCCCUCCAUGGAUAUUCGCAUCAGCCUGCUGCGUACUCAACGCAUGGCACGCAGAUAAGUCUGGAGAGCGAUUCUUCCAUAUCACUUCCUGGUGGUGGGUAGUCAUCCUUGGAUAUAUCGUCUCUCUAUCCACCAUGGCUACGGGCGGGCGGUACUUUUCCUUGUUCCUGAUGACCACAGGAUAUUGCGGAUUUGCCUUGACAUUGACCUGGGUUUCAAACGCCAUUCCUCGUCCACCGGCAAAACGCGCCGUAGCCAUGGGUCUUGUCAACGGGUUUGGAAACCUCGGUAAUAUGAUGGGCUCGUAUGUCUGGAAUGCUUCGUGGGGUCCUCAAUACCAUCAAUCCAUGAUCAUAGCAUUGUGCAGUCUCGUUUUGUCCACAAUCCUGAGCCUUUUAAUGCGGUGGAUAUUAAUCAAAGAGAAUAAGAACAUGGAUAUGGAGGAGAAAAAAUUAAUGGAGGGCCCUGGCCGUGCACGUAUUGAAGAGGCUGCUAAAUUGGAGGGGAUUACAUUCGAGGAGGCUAUGACAAGAAGGAAGGGCUUCAGGUACCUCUAUUGAUUAUUUUUUUUGCUUCAGAUUAUAGUGCUUCGGGGUAUUGUUGGACAUAACUCGUCAUAAGCCCUUUGUGACUUUGUCUAUUGAUAUUUAAAUUUUGCACCAAACACAUACAAAUAUGCUG